AUGCCCCGGGUCAGAGCCGCACCCGCAGCUCGCGCGGCUCUGCUCGCGACGCUGGUGGGCAGCGCCCUGGCGAGCCGCGGCGCGGGGGAGUCUUGUCCCAGCUCCACCGAAGACGACGCGGCCGGCCUCGCGCAGGUGCGGGUGCGGCAGCUGCACCGGCAGGCCCCUGCUCCGGCCCCAGAGUGCGAGCUGCUGACGCGCCCCGACGGCGCAGGCGGCUCCUUGAGCCUGCCCGCGGCGCAGGCGUGCCUCGACCUGGUCCGGGGGCCCGCACUGCGGGCCAAGCAGCACAUGCAGGCCCUGGCUCGAUACUACAAGAGCUUCUACACGUUCGCCUUGAUCGCCUCAGACCCCACGGCAGGCAACUACACCUUUGACCCCGCGUUCGCAGACCUCGGCAUCUUCGGGGGAGCGAAUGGCGGGGCGCCUGCCGAUCUCAGCAGGGUGGACCUCGUGGGCGAUUGGCAGAAGAUCGCCGACGGUAUCCCAGCCGAGGGCACCUACCCGAUCAAGAACUGGGUCGCGCCUGCCAACGCAGCAUUUCACAAACUGCGCGACUGCCACCCUAACAUCUGGGGAGAGGACCGGAUUCUGCCAGUCGACCUCUUGAAUGUUUUCAAUCUGAUGCUCACGGACAUGCGUGACGAAGGAGUCAGCAUUCAGAUCUCUGCCGAUCAAGAGAAGGCGAACAUCAAUGGCGAGCUCAAGCCGAUUAUGAUGGAGCGUAAACAUGGUAGCGUCAUCAAGAGCAUCGACCAGCAGUCUCCCUUUCGGUGGCUGACAGAGAAUCUUGCCCUGUCUUCAACGUUUGCUGACAAUAUGUAUUGUAUCAAGAGCCUUGGGGGGCGCAUGAACCAAGUUGUGGACGACGUUCACGCCAAGGGAGGCGGUAUCUCUUACGGAUUGGGGGGCUUGGGCCCGCUUGGCGGCUUGAAUUCGGGUAGGGUCAGCGUGGAGUUCGAGGGAGGGGACAACGCGUCAUGGGUUUGGAGAGUUGCCCUCAACUAUGACAGCCUGCUGCAAUUCGGCUGCAUGAAUUUCGCGUGCCUGGUCGACAAAGCGCCCAAGUUGUUGAACAGAUCUUUUGGGUACGGGCAGCUCGUAGAGCUCACGACCAACAGUCUGAACGAAAGCUGGAGCAGCGAGGCGCUGUCUAUGCUCUUCGCCGAGACUGCGCCUCGCAGGGCCGCGCCGUCGCUGCCGAACGCAGCUCCAGAGGGCGCCUCGCUCCCAGACGAUGUGUUCGCGUGGAUCGGUGAUCCGAGCGCCACGCUAGGGUACCUGGCAUUCAGGAACCGCUCGGACGGGACGGAGUUCGGCCUGUUGAAGAUCACGACGUUCCUGCUCGAGCUCGGUGAACGUGACAUCACCUUUGAAUUAGCUGAAGUGAUGGCCAAGGAGUGGGGGAAGUUUGUGACGGAGGCGCAGAUCCGUGGUGUCACACGGCUGCUGGUGGACGUCGUGGGAAACGGUGGGGGCAAGGUGACACUUGCGUAUGAUUUUGUGCAGAUGAUGAUGCCGGAGCUGACUUACAGGCAGACGUGCGGAUCUGUUCAGCGCCCGAUACCGAGGGCGUACAACCUCUGGAGCAAGAUCAACAAGCUUCCAGUCGAGCAGUUCCUCUCGUCCGAGCUCGGCUCUGGUUUCCAGGCAGAUAGGCGGGCUGCGCUGGAGGCGGACCCCGAUGAUGCGGAGGCCGUUCUCAACAACAUACGGGCACUUCUGAGAGCCAUGGAGAGCUUCGGGCAGCCUCUUGCGAACAUCACCUCCAUCUUGGCCGAGCUGGCGCCUGGCCACGUGACUUGGGAAGCGGCGUGGACGGGCUUCGAGUCGCUCGUAAGCAUGUACAAGAAUGGACAGUGCGCCAAUCCAUUUUUUGACGAUAGUCAAUAUGAGACUGCGUACGAGCAUCCUCAACUUGAGCAGCGUGGCAAGUACACCAGGAACUUCACCGCCCGGACUUACUAA